AUGUUGUUUUACAAAAUACUGCAUCAUUUCCCUUUUUUCGAAAAUGCCCGUAACUGCUUGAUACUUUCAGCAAAGAGCAUGGAAUUACUGCAGUACACAAUAGAUGAUGCAAUUGUUGAGAUCGAUCCGUCUUUGAUUUCUAAGUUGGCAAAAUGUCGUAAUGAAGGUUUAACUGUGACACGUUCUGCGGCUCCCGGCGAUGAAGGAGAUGCCGGCAGUGAAUCAAUGGAUGGUCAAGGUACUAGUGCAUCAAAGAAGCAAGCUGCAACUGGGCCGAAAAUGCCUUCACGUUGCUGGCUUUGCAAAGCAAAUCGCUUGCGUGUUGUGACUGUUGGAAGUACUGGACGUCGUAUUCUUGAAUGUGCAAAUCGGAAUUGCCUAGCAACUAUAGAAUACACUGACCUACCCGAAGGGACUAUUAUCGAACAGGAGAAGGCAACGAAGCGGAACUAUGGAUGGUAUUUGCGAGAUACUUCAGAAAUGGUAUAUCCCAGCAAGGAACGAUUAGAAGCAUUCCCAAAUCCGCCAUUCGAGUAUGUUCCGGAAGUGUUGUACGAUUCCGGAGGACGUGUUGUUGUCCGCUGCCCAGGCCAACGGAAACUUGUGCUGCUGCAAUGA